AUGAAGUCAUUUAUGUCAAUUAAAAUACCAGUGAUUAUAUUUCUUAUUUGUUUAUGUGGUGAGAGCAGAGCGAAGUUGAAUGUUAGCAAGGCUAACGAUCAUUCGGGUGAAGUGAAGUUUCCAAGAAAGAUAAAUGACGGAGCGGCGCUCAUUUUUGCUGACGAGUUCAAGCAGACUCUAGAUAAAUAUCUGUUCGGUAUUUGCCCACAGACUUACAAGUCUCGUUGGCAGAUGCCGCCGAAGGGCAAAAAUUCCACCACAGUUCCCUGCGACCUCGACGUGGACCAACAGGAGUUAGCGGGAAGGCUAGCAACACUAGCUCUCCGUGCGACCAUAGCUUCGCGGACCGAGUGCUCCCGCCUCGGUACCGCGCUUGCCAACACUCUCGGCGAGCUUGCGCGGACAGCAAAUAACAGACAUGCGCUCGCUGCAGCGAAUAACGAACAAAAGAAGCAACGGAAACUUUCUAAAAGUCAAAAAAUGAAGAUCCAAGCGAAACAACGCACAGCUUUAGCCGUUAAAAAGAAGGCAGCCGCCGUCGCAGCGGCCGCAGCAGCCAAAGUGUCUGCUUAA